CGCAGCGCAGCCCUCAAGCUCGACUGGACCAAGAUUGGCCAGCAGCUCGGCCUCCGUGGCAACACCGCCGUCGCCCUCCAGUCGUUCAAGAAGCGCAACGAUGACGCCCGCCGCAAGGUUGCCGUGCUCUCCGAGCAGGCCCAGACCGUCGACUUCGCGCAGUACCGCUCCAUCCUCAAGAACCAGGCCAUUGUCGACGAAAUCGAGAAGCAAUUCACCGCUUUCAAGCCCAAGACCUACGACGUAAACAGGCAAAUCAAGGCCAUCGAGGCUUUCGAGGCCCAGGCUGUCCAGAGCGCCGAGCAGACCAAGGCUGUCGUUGACAAGGAGCUCAGCGACCUCCAGAAGACACUGAAGAACAUUGAGGAGGCCAGGUCGUUCGAUGAUCUCACCGUCGAUGAUGUCGCGGCCGCCCAGCCCGAGAUUGACCAGCGCACCGAGCAGCUCGUUUCUAAGGGCCGCUGGGCCGUCCCCGGCUACAAGGCGAAAGUUCGGAGACCUUUCCGUAUUGUAAACGUCUCUUUCUCGAUAGCCAAGUUUUACCCGACCUGGGUUGUAUUACCUACGUAUUGUGAAUAG